UGUCGUCUUCAGGCCGCUAGAUGUCGCUGCAGAUCAGCGGGCGCGCGCGCUCCGGUGAAAGUACACAUUGCACAGAUUGCGCGUUCACGCCAACGACCCCGACUUCACUUCUGGUGGAAUCAGCGUGGAAGUUUCGGAGAGCCCGAAAGCCGCAGUCGAGUUCACCGCGUUGGGAGGACAACUGUGGAACUUUCGCUGACACCGCAGCAGCCCAGUGACCAUGGACGACCUGGAUGCCUUACUCGCUGACCUAGAGUCGACGACAUCCCACAUUUCAAAGCGACCCGUGUUUUUGCCUGAUGAGACGCCCUACUCCAUCCCCACCGGUGGAAACUAUUACCAGGAUCUAUCAGCUCCACCUCCAGUACCCCCUCCACCAACAGCCGAGGCUCUCAACGGUUCACUGCAAGACCACAAAGACUCGCAGCACUCCUCUCAGCAGUCUCUAGGUUCGGCCCAAAAGAGCUCAUGGUCGGGGGACAGAAGCAGUUCUCCACAGUCUCACACUGAAGAAGACCACGUCUACAGCUUUCCUAACAAACAGAAAUCAUCCGACUCAUCGACAGCAGCCAUGACCUCAGGCCUCGGCAGCAACCUCUCAGAACUUGACAGGCUACUGCUAGAGCUCAAUGCGGUUCAACAGAGCUCCCCUUCGUUCCCCACUACAGAGGAGAGGGCACCGCCCUUGCCGUCCACGAGCAUCACCCACUAUGAAAAUGGCAGUACUCCUGAAAUCAGAAUCAGCCCACCCCCUCAUGAGGAGCCCAAGAGAAAUGGAACAAAGUCGGAUGAGGCUCGGCCAACAGUGGAGAGUCUUUUGGAUGAGCUGGAGGGUUCAGUGCCCUCAACCAGUGGUUUGGACAGUCCCACUCAGCAGCAAGCACGGAUUUCAGCUUCUUGUGCCACAAGAGAGUUGGACGAGCUGAUGGCCUCCUUGUCUGACUUUAAGAUGGCUCAAGGCAAGGGGGGUUCUCCUGGCAGUGCCAAGACCCAGGUCAACAAGCUGGACAACAUGCUCGGGAGCCUGCAGUCUGACCUCAACAAGCUGGGAGUGCAGACUGUCGCUAAAGGAGUUUGUGGGGCCUGCUUGAAGCCAAUCGUGGGCCAGGUUGUAAUCGCCAUGGGCCGCACGUGGCAUCCUGAACACUUUGUGUGCACGCACUGUCAAGAGGAGAUCGGCUCCAGAAACUUCUUUGAGCGUGAAGGGCAGCCCUACUGUGAGAGAGACUACCACAACCUUUGCUCGCCACGAUGCCACUACUGCAACGGGCCCAUACUGAAUCAAGUUGUGACUGCGCUGGAUAAAACAUGGCACCCUGAACACUUCUUCUGCGCUCAGUGUGGAUGCUUUUUCGACCCAGACGGGUUUCAUGAAAAGGAUGGCAAGGCAUACUGCAGGAAGGACUACUUUGACAUGUUUGCACCAAAGUGCGGUGGUUGUGCCAGAGCCAUUGUGGAGAACUACAUCUCAGCGCUCAACUCCCUUUGGCACCCAGAGUGUUUUGUUUGCAGGGAGUGCUUCACGCCGUUUGUGAACGGAAGCUUCUUCGAGCACGAUGGCCAGCCUUACUGUGAAGUCCACUACCACGAGCACCGCGGCUCUCUGUGCUCCGGCUGUCAGAAGCCCAUCACGGGCCGCUGCAUCACGGCCAUGUCCAAGAAGUUCCACCCGGAACACUUUGUCUGUGCCUUCUGCCUCAAGCAGCUGAACAAAGGCACCUUUAAAGAACAGAACGACAAACCCUACUGCCAUGGCUGCUUUGUCAAGCUGUUCAUUUUACUUCAGGCGGUGGUGAAAACAUUCUGAAGGUGAAAGCAAUCAUGAAGUGUGCCUAUUUAACAUUCUCACUGGUUGAGUGUGUCAGGAAGUUCACAUCAGACCUUGGUAGCAGGAAGCAGGUGACCUGUUACUACAAAAAAAAAAUCACUCUUUCAGCUGUUUUUUGCAAAAGUGUUCUCUAAUUAGCGACUCUUUGUGAGGCCGUAAAUGUGUAGAGGCUGACAGGUGAUUAGAGGAGUGGGAGGAAGGCUAAGAAAAGGCAGCGGGAGCUGGUGUGUUUAUGGUGAGAGAGACUCUAAGCAUGAAUACCUCCCAAAAAUGAAAAGUUGAAUGCAUGAACAGAUAGUUGAAUGAGCAAUCAAUUACUCUGCCAGCAGAAAACAUUGUCUUGUCUUCUGUUCUGCGGACUUAUUUGUUAAUACCAGCAUGUUAGAAACAUAUAUUUGAUGUGCACAUAGGGAUGAUGUUUGAUAAGAAAUUAUCGAGUUCGAGCCUAUUAUCGAAUCCUCUUAUUGAACCGAUUCCUUAUCUAUUCUCUUAUUGAAUACAGAUCGGUUGUUGUAUAUGGAAAAAAACACAAUAUUUGGUUUAACAAAAGCUCACUUUUAUUUUAUAAGAAAAAAAUAAAAUAAAAUAAAUAAAUAAAUAUUGACUGUUACCCCCCUAAAGAAAAUAAUAAUAAUGGGAUUUUUCAGAAAAACAAAUAUAUACAGUAACACAAAAACAACCUGUCUCUGUGAUCACUAUAGGUGUAUAAAUAAUAAUAUAGUGUUAAAUAAAAUCAGUCCCUUGGGCACAAAACGGAAAAUAAUACAGCUCUCCAAAAAGUGCACUUCUGCUGCUAUUGGAACAUACUAACUACACACACAGGCAGGCAGCUAACAAACAAUCCAAGACGUCUAAUAAAGUUCCAAAGCAGAUUAAUCCAUUUAGGCUAUUUAUUGUUGUUGAUCUUGCUUUGUCUUUUCCUAUAUUUACUUUUGUCUUGCACUGGACUGUUAUUUUUUUUUUUUUUAAACUGAAAUACAUACAAUGACAAAUGUAUAAGCUAUGUGAUUCAAUUAACAUACUGAAAUGUAAUACACAAUAUGUAAAUAUUAGCUUCACACAAAUAUAAAGUACUUUCAUCAAACAAAUACUUCUGAGUGUUGAGACUAUUUCAAUGGUGGAAAUACACGACGGGCAGCCAUUUUAAGUCCUCAAAACAUCCAUUGAAACAGUGCACAAAAAAAUCGUUUUUCAAUAAACUUAGUAUCAAAUUUAACCACUUUCCACCUUAAUAUUGAGUUACAUAAACAAGUUAAACAGUUUACUUACAGACUUAUCAUUUCCAAGGCUUGUAGGAGCUAACACAACUUGUCUACUUCUCAAUUGUCUCAUGAACUGAACUGACGUCGUCAACCCGAAAGUGCCCAAACUAAUGACGCUUAGUAUUUUCAUAUCGCCACAAGGUGUCAGUAAGAGUCUACAAUCAAAUGGGCAUAACAUUGCCCAUUUGGGAUUCGUUCCCAGGGAUUCGAAUAAAGAACCAACUCUUUUUCUUUACUAUAGUGGCCUCGAUAACGGGUACCGGUUCUCAAAAAGGGAUUCGAGUCCGAGGACUCGGUUCUUUUCUUAUCGAACAACCGGGAGAACCGAUUUCGAGCAUCAUCCCUAUGCACAAAUGACAACGUAGCAAAACAAAAAUGUUUCUAGUUCAAUUAAUCAUCUCUGCAUCUUUUUUUUUUUUGUCUUUGAGAAAUUCCAGUAUUGCUGUCUCAAACGAGUGAAGGCAGCUCACAGCUUUUAUUCAUCUUUCACCUGCCAAAUCAUUCCAUAUUUUCAGACAAAUAGCGAACAAGCGUCAUUCAAACAAGUGUAACUUUUCACAGAUAUUAGGAGGUUGUGGUGACUCCUGCCAUCUCUUAAUGCUAAUUAUGUACUGUACUGCAUUUUUGUACAGCUGUAGUUUCUAGGCAAGGUACUGAUAGUCUGUGUCGCCUGGUGUGAAUAUGCUUGAUAACCACUCUGGCAAUGGUAGUGAAAGAAAGUGCAUAUGUGUUGUCAACCUGUGGUAUUGCAGCCGUGCAGUCAGUAUGUUGGUGUUGACAGAUUGAAAAGCUCAGUUGCCCAGGUCUGCACUAUUUAGAGCCCGCGUACCACAGUUUGAGAAUCACUCUUCUAGAGUAUUUUCUGUCUCACAGGAGUUCAUGCAACAGCUGUCAAAUUAAUUUGCAGGUUAUUUCUAACCAAGGACGUGUCCCCUUCAACAUGUUUCGUGUUACUUUUAUAUCUUUUUCUGUCUCUGUUUUUGAAUGUCUCAAAGUGUUUGUGUGUGUCUGUUGUGAGAUCCCUCACUAAUAGACCGAGCACACAUGAAUAAACUCUUUUUUUGGUAUGAAAAUCAUUGUGGAGGGCUUUGUUUGUUGAGUAAAUAGUAAUCAUGUAGGACCAGC